AUGGGCCGAUGUGGUGCUCCCCUCAGAGGAUUCUCUCCCACCGUCGCCGCCGCCGGAUAUCAUCAGGCCAGCGUGCCUGGCCGUCAGCGAGUCCCUCUCCCCCAGAUGCCAGAGCCUGAAUCUGUCUUGGAGGUAAAGAUGAGCCAGACCGUCAACCUCGACCGGGCUGAGAUUGCCCAGGCCGCUCUUGCUAGUGAGGGCGUCAAUCCGGGGCCUGCCAUUGGAUCCCUAGAGGAGACCAAGGCCAAGGAGACGACCAUGAACGCGGCACAGGCGGACGUGACCCUCGGCUUCGCUGCCUCAGCGGAUGAGGAGUUUGAGAAGCCCACUGAGGAAGAGCUGCACACUCUGCGCCGUGUCUCGGGCAAAAUUUACUGGCCAGCUUACACCAUCGCGUUCUGCGAGCUGGCUGAGCGGUUCUCGUACUACGGCACCACCAUCCUCUACACCAAUUUCGUCCGAAGCCCUCUGCCCCCAGGAUCGACCACGGGUUCCAACCCUGCAUCCAAUGGCGUCGCAGGUGCCCUUGGGAUGGGAGCGAAAGCCGCGCAAGGGAUCUCGUUGUUUAACCAGUUCUUCGCGUAUCUGAUGCCUAUUCCUGGUGCAUACAUCGCCGAUGCCCGUCUCGGACGGUACAAGACCAUUCACAUUGCCAUCCUCGCCUCCUUCGUCGCCCACAUCAUCCUCGUCGCCUCCGCUGCCCCUGAAGUGAUCAAGCACAAGGACAGCUCCUUCGCCGCUUUCAUCGUCGGCCUGCUGUGCCUGUGCGUCGGCACGGGCCUCUUCAAGGCCAACAUCUCGCCGCUGCUGGCCGAACAGAACCACGAGCGCGGCGGCAUGCACAUCAAGGUCCUCAAGAGCGGCGAGCGCGUCAUUGUCGACCCGGCCGUCACCAACACCCGCAUCUUCCUGUACUUCUAUUUUGCCAUCAACAUCGGCUCCCUGGCGGGCCAGCUGUCCAUGGUCUACGUGGAGAAGUACAUCGGCUUCUGGCUCGCGUGGUUGCUGCCCACGGUGCUCUUCGCCGCCUGUCCCAUCGUCCUCCUCCUCAACAAGAAACGCUACACCCUCAACCCUCCCACGGGCUCCGUCCUUUCCAAAUUUUUCCACAUGUUCGCCUGGGUUAUGAAGGGCAAGUGGACCCUCAAUUUCGCGCGCAUCAAGCGCGAGUUCACGUGGGACGUCGCCCGCCCGUCCAACAUCCCGCCCCAGGACCGCCCCAGCUGGAUGACCUACGACGACGAGUGGGUUGACGAAGUGCGCCGCGGCUUAAAAAGUGUUCGCGUCUUCUUGGCAUUGCCGGUGUUCUUUUUAGCUUAUAACCAGAUGACGGGCAAUCUGACGACGCAGGCGUCGACGAUGGAGCUGCACGGCGUGCCCAACGACAUCAUCCAGAACCUGAACCCCCUUUCCAUCCUCAUCCUCAUCCCCAUCCUCGACCGCAUCGUCUACCCGGGCCUGCGCAAGAUGGGCAUCAACUUCACCCCAAUCAAGCGCAUGACCGUCGGCUUCUUCUUCUCGGCCCUGUCCAUGGUCGCCGCCGCCGUCACGCAGCACUACAUCUACACCAUGGGCCCCUGCGGCAAGUACCCGACCGACAACGAGGGCUGCACCGCGCCCAUCAACGUGUGGGUGCAGUCCCUCCCUUACAUCCUGGUCGGCAUCAGCGAGAUCUUCACCAACACGACCUCGUACGAGUACGCCUACUCCAAGGCGCCCGAGAACAUGAAGUCACUCGUCAUGUCGGUCAACCUCUUCAUGAGCGCCAUCUCUUCGGCCAUCGGCCAGGCCUUCACCCCUCUCUCAGGCGAUCCCCUGCUGGUGUGGAACUACGUGGUCAUUUGCUGCAUAGCCGUGGUCGGCGGAACCGUUUUCUGGUUUUGCUUCCGUAACCUCGACAAGGAGGAGGACCACUGGAACAACCUGGCGCGGUCCAAGUACAAGGGCAACAACCAGCCGCUGGCGCAUGACGCCGAGUCGCCCAUCGAAGAGCCUACGCCGGCCAAGAAGGACGGGUAG